GUGGUUGUGUGGUGUGUGUGAAGAAGUGAAAAUAUAUCAGGUUCCAAUUGCCCGGUCCUUGGCUCCCGGGCACCGUGGCUGUGCUGCGGGCUGGGGAGCGACUGCAACCCGCGUGUCCCCACCCCCGCGCCCGCCCGCGCAGCGUGACUGGCGGCCGCCGCAGCGGGCUCGGGAGACGCGGGCCGAGAGCGCAGAGCCGGGAGGCGGCGGCUGGUGGCGUCGGCCGCGCGGUCCUCCUCCGCGCCCCUCCCCUGGCGCUCGCGCUGCCUGCGCCCGGGAAGCCGCGGCUGCUCGCUGUUGGCGGGGGGACCAGCGCGGACGCGGGGGCGGCGGGAGCGCGGACGGCUCAGCUGCCCCGGAGUCGCCGAGACCCCGGCCUGCGCGCAUCCAAGUGAGGGCUGCGCCCCGCCAGCCCCAGCUCCCGUAGCCUCCCCGCCUGCGCCCCACGGCACGCGCCGUACAGCCAUGAACACCAACGACGCCAAGGAGUACCUGGCCCGGAGGGACAUUCCUCAGCUUUUCGAGAGCCUUUUGAAUGGCUUGAUGUGCUCCAAGCCUGAACACCCCAUAGAGUACCUGGAAAGUUGUUUACAGAAAGUCAAGGAGCUAGGCGGCUGUGACAAGGUGAAGUGGGACACAUUCGUCAGCCAGGAAAAGAAGACAUUACCCCCGCUGAAUGGAGGACAAUCUCGGAGAUCCUUCCUCAGAAAUGUAAUGCCUGAAAACUCAAACUUUCCUUAUCGACGAUAUGACCGGCUCCCUCCCAUCCAUCAGUUCUCCAUAGAAAGUGACACGGACCUGUCUGAGACUGCAGAGCUGAUAGAAGAGUACGAGGUGUUUGACCCAGCGAGACCUCGACCCAAAGUCAUCCUCGUCAUAGGUGGCCCAGGAAGUGGAAAGGGUACUCAGAGUUUGAAAAUUGCAGAGCGAUACGGAUUCCAGUACAUUUCAGUGGGAGAAUUAUUGAGGAAGAAAAUCCACAGUGCCAGCAGCAACAGAAAAUGGAGUCUGAUCGCCAAGAUAAUUACCAACGGGGAGCUGGCCCCACAGGAGACAACGAUUACUGAGAUAAAACAAAAAUUGAUGCAGAUACCUGAUGAAGAAGGCAUUGUUAUUGAUGGAUUCCCAAGAGAUGUUGCCCAGGCUCUCUCUUUUGAGGACCAGAUCUGCACCCCUGACCUGGUGGUGUUCCUGGCUUGUGCCAACCAGAGGCUCAGAGAGAGAUUAGUGAAGCGUGCAGAGCAACAGGGACGACCUGAUGACAAUCUGAAAGCCACCCAAAGGAGACUAGUAAACUUCAAGCAGAACGCUGCCCCGCUGGUGAAAUACUUCCAGGAGAAAGGACUCAUCAUGACCUUUGAUGCUGACCGAGAUGAGGAUGCCGUGUUCUAUGACAUCAGCGUGGCAGUCGACAACAAGCUGUUUCCAAACAAGGAGGCUGCGACAGAUUCAACUGACCUUGACCCUUCGAUGAUGUUUGAUGCUGGAGAGAUCGUUGACACAGGAUCAGAUUACGAUGAUCAGGGUGACGAUCAACUAAAUGUGUUUGGAGAGGACACCAUGGGAGGCUUAAUGGAGGAUUUGAGAAAAUGUAAAAUUAUUUUCCUGAUGGGUGGCCCUGGCUCUGGCAAAGGCACCCAGUGCAAGAAACUGGCAGAAAAAUAUGGAUUCACUCAUCUCUCCACUGGCGAGCUCCUGCGCCAGGAACUGGCCUCAGAGUCAGAAAGAAGCAAACUGAUCCGUGACAUCAUGGAGCGUGGAGACCUGGUGCCCUCGGGUGUCAUCCUGGAGCUGCUGAAGGAGACGAUGGUGGCCAGUCUGGGCUACACCAAGGGCUUCCUGAUUGACGGCUACCCCCGGGAAGUAAAGCAGGGGGAAGAGUUUGGACAAAGGAUUGGACACCCACACUUGGUGAUCUGCAUGGACUGCUCAGCAGACACCAUGACCAAGCGCCUUCUGCAGAGAAGCCAGAGCAGCCAGUGUGGGGAGGACACUGCCAAGACCAUUGCCAAGCGCCUGGAGACCUACCACCGAGCGUCCAUUCCUGUCCUCGCCUACUAUGAGACCAGAACACCGCUGCGGAAGGUCAACGCAGAGGGAACACCUGAUCAGGUUUUUCUUCAGCUCUGCACAGCUAUUGACUCUGUUUUCUGAAGGAGAAAAUACGUAACUGCUAAGAAAAGUAGCGACAGAAAACAUGAAAUUCACCCCUUCAUGAACACACUUCUCUGUGUCCUCCAUCCCAGCAGGCUGUUUCCUUCCAGCUCAACUCACGGGAGUUAUCUGGAAGCCAUGCAUGGUAUCUCUGGGACCUUCCACCUCUUCCUCCUGUAGACAACCAUCCCCUUUGGUAUGGUACACUUGUUUUUCUGUCACCAGGCUGUACCUCAGAGCAAAGUCAGGAUGGGAAGAGGAGUGUGGGAUCUGUUUGUGCGAGGUGUGCCCCAGGGCUGGCUGGAGUCUGAUCCAUCACACAGGGAGAACCUAUCAGUUUCCUUCUCACCCAUUUAUUUGUUCCUCCCAGUUAUGGGUCCUUGGCACGGGGGCAAGCUUGGACACGUCAUCCUAUACUGGCUCUGCUUCUCCAGUUCCACCCAGGAAGGGUCCAGAGCUCUGGUGGAACCUUUAACUGCCCUGUGGCACAGAGGCACCACACCAGUAGUACUUGACAGAAAUAUUUCAAAAUAAGACCCUGUCCAGCUUCUCUAAGGGAGCACAACAGGGCAAUCAGUACUAUCGUUUCUGGGAAGCUACAUAGAACAGUGUAAUAAAAGCUAACACAUCUGAGCAACUGUACAAGCCACUUUCCAUGUGGUGGUACGUCUCAGCAAUUCCAUAAAUUAGUAUCAGAGACUGGAGGUAACUUAAAAGUAGGAGAGGUGAUUGUUACUUCACUCACUGGACAAACCCAUCUUGUAGUUCUGAUCUGAGAUGACUACUCCCUGACAUAUUGCCAAGUCAAAAGCAAGGAAGAGUAUGCUAAUGGUGCUGGGGACAGGCUCGUGCGUGGGUGUCCUGUGUUGUGUCCUGUGUUGCACACUAUUCCUGGCCUGUUCCCGGGGAAACACUCGCAUCACACUGGUGAAGCAUGGGUCUUCUGUGCUGAGCUGCUGGACUGAAGCUGCUGCCAUCUUCUGAAAUACCUGCAUCUUGCACUCUAUCACUACACAACACGCAGUUUGGUUUGCAUGAUUCUUUUCCUCAAUGAGUGUGCAAAUACAGAGAUGUUUCCAGGACAGAACUGUAUUUUUAAAAUCAUUUUUUCCUCAAAACAGUUAUGUAGAAAUGAAAUAAAUGGAAGCCAGGAUAACUCUUUCUCUAUUUAUUUGUAACUCACAUCACUCUGGAAAGCCUCUGAAAGCUUUCAUCCAAACAGAAGCAAACACAGUCGAAGUUUAAAUUAUGAUCCACUUAUAUGGUUUGAACUUUGGCCACAGACCAGAUCUGAGCUAUUACAGAGAAAUUGUUAAUAUAUUCAUGAUACAUGGUCAUUUUCAUAUUUCUUUUCCCCUAGCACUGGUUCCUAAACAGAAAUGUCAGUGUGUGCUAGACAAGAAAUGAAGUUUCUUUGGUUACAAUCAGGCCUCUAUUACCAUGUUCCCAAAUUCCCACAGCUGUCAACUGCUUACGUAAUUACCCCAAGCUGUCACACUCUUGACAGGGGACAUGAAUAUCUGAGCAAAGAUGGCAAGUGCUGCUCCAGGGUAAAGACUUGGACAAGUGACUCCACACAAAACACACACUGGCAAACACUAUGCCCACAGCUCUGGAUGAGGAAACGAGGCAGCAGACGCACAGGCAAGCCAGCCCAGGGUUCCAUAGGGUAGUUGGCAGCUACUGUGGAAAACUCCAACAGAAAUCAGUACCUGGGAAUGCAAAUCAGUUUUCCAAAGAACAGCUAAAACAUACAUUGCUCUUGUGAAUGGUUCCAAGUGACAUCACUAUAUUAAAGUCAUAGGAUUAAAACAUGAAAGACUCGGGAGGCAGAGCCAGGUGGAUCUCUGUGAGUUCGAGGCCAGCCUGG